UUUAGGGCACAGAAACAACCAACACAAACACGAACAACACUCCCGUUACGUUCUCUCUUUCUCUCUCCUCCUACUUCCCAGCUCCCACGAACCAAAAUCGCCAAAACCUUGAAACAUACCCCGAAAAAAAGCCUUUUUUCUUUUUUAAUUUGAGUUUUCUGGAGGUGAUGGCGACGACGUCGGUGGUGCCGGCCAACCGGCGGCGUGCGGCGAACGCUGCGGAGGAGCUGGAGUUCGAGACGACGGAGGGGGUAAAGGCGAUAGCGAGCUUCGAGGAGAUGGGAAUAAAGGACGAUCUGCUCAGAGGGAUCUACCAGUACGGAUUCGAGAAACCCUCCGCAAUCCAACAGCGUGCCGUGACGCCAAUCAUACAGGGCCGUGACGUCAUCGCUCAGGCUCAAUCUGGAACCGGCAAGACCUCCAUGAUUGCACUCACCGUUUGCCAGUUCGUUGAUACCUCCAAGAGAGAAGUCCAGGCCUUAAUAUUGUCUCCAACAAGGGAACUGGCCUCACAGACUGAAAAGGUUAUAUUGGCUAUUGGGGAUUUCAUAAACAUACAAGCACAUGCUUGCAUUGGGGGUAAAAGUGUGGGAGAAGAUAUAAGGAAGCUUGAAUAUGGAGUUCACGUGGUGUCGGGAACUCCUGGUCGUGUCUGUGACAUGAUCAAGAGGAGAACAUUGCGUACAAGAGAUAUAAAGAUGCUAGUUCUUGAUGAAUCUGAUGAAAUGUUGAGCAGAGGGUUUAAAGAUCAGAUUUAUGAUGUGUACAGAUAUCUCCCCCCAGAUCUUCAGGUUGUCUUGAUUUCUGCUACCCUUCCUCAUGAAAUACUGGAAAUGACAAACAAGUUCAUGACAGAUCCUAUAAGGAUUCUUGUAAAACGUGAUGAGUUGACAUUAGAGGGCAUCAAGCAAUUUUUUGUUGCCGUUGAAAGGGAAGAAUGGAAAUUUGAUACCCUGUGUGAUCUUUAUGAUACACUCACUAUUACUCAAGCUGUUAUAUUCUGCAACACUAAGCGAAAGGUGGAUUGGUUAACUGAGAAAAUGCGUAACAAUAAUUUCACUGUCUCAGCAAUGCAUGGCGACAUGCCACAGAGAGAAAGAGAUGCAAUCAUGGCAGAGUUUCGCUCUGGUACAACUCGUGUACUAAUAACAACAGAUGUUUGGGCUCGUGGCCUUGAUGUGCAGCAGGUUUCUCUAGUUAUCAACUAUGACCUUCCAAAUAAUCGAGAGCUCUACAUUCAUCGAAUUGGCCGAUCUGGACGAUUUGGACGCAAGGGUGUUGCAAUAAAUUUUGUCAAAAGUGAUGACAUCAAGAUCUUGAGAGAUAUUGAGCAAUAUUACAGUACUCAGAUAGAUGAAAUGCCAAUGAAUGUUGCUGAUCUUAUAUAAAGUAUAUAUUUGGCAUUUGAUGUGAUGGGUGGAGUGGAUUUGUCGUAUGUUCUAGCCGUAGGUGAGUAGUUCUGGAUGUGGUUUUGCUCAGGAUUUUUCUGUGAUAUGCCUGUAAACAUUGGCAUUGGGCCAAUUAAAUGUUUUUCUCCCUUUAAUACAGUGUACUUGACUGUACCAGUAUUCUGGAUGUUGAGCUUUACAAUGCUGGUGCGGUUAACGUGUAAAUUGUGUUGAGUUGAUUUGUCUCAUGUAAGAUUCUGUAAUUUAAUGUUUCCAAAUUCACAUCUGCUAUAAUCUUCUGAAUUA